AUGGACAACCAAACCGCUUCCCACGAAGCCCGCCGUAUCCUCUCCGACAAAGUCCGCGACGACUGGGACUGGCCCGCCGAACCCACUGAGCCCGAAGAUCCAGUGCGCCAAGCCACGGACUACAGAGAGCGCUUCUACAGCACCACCUCGCCUUCAGGUUCGGAGGCUGAGGAAAGCUCACCAAGCAAGAGCAGAAGUAGUGGCAGUAACAAGAAUUCUACGGACCCGUACAAGUACGAUUCCCCGGACAGCAUAGCUACGAGCUUGUCGGAGAGGCGGGCAGAGCGGAGAAGGAGGAGAAGCAGCAAGCUGCAAGAAGAGAUGAGCUGGAAUCAGGGCCUCGUGUGCUUCAUGCAGCGGCGAGAUGCCUGGACCGGUGUUACUACUGCCAGGAGGCUGCGAGCUCAAGAAGGUGGCCCAUCCGCCGUGCCACAAGACACCAGUACGCAGUCGAACGGCACCACACAUGCAGCCCCCGCCCCACCGACAACCGACUCUCCCAAUCCCGCUACAGCAGCCUCAUCGAUAUCGCCCUCAGCUUCCAUCCCCGACCCCGUCCCCCUAGUUCCUGUAGCCCCGCCGCUGAUCCCGGCUUCAAACCCCCUCCGCGCCUCCAUCGGCGCCUCCACCUACCCCGAGAUCUUUUCCAAAGUCGUCCUCUCAGCCCGGACGCCAACCGUGCCCAUCAACCUCGCCGACAUGACUGCCGCGCUCGUGCAAGGCUGGAAGAGCGCGGGGGAGUGGCCGCCCAAGGCUAGCGUGCCGGAUCCGCUGGUCGGGGCCAGGAGGAAGAGAGAUAUCAUUGCUCGAACGCCGAGGAUAAUACCGGGAGAGGGUGGAGCGGCGGAGGUGAACGGGGCGACGAGACAUCCGCAUCUCAAGAAGGGGGUCGAGAGUGUGAAGAAGGUGCUCAGGCUUAGUGGGAGUCAUUCGGGGACGCCGGCUGACGCUGGGUGA